CCGCCUCCAUGGCCCUUCUCAUCUGCCUCUGCCUCUUGGGGAUCCUGAGAAGGAGCCUUGGAACCGACACCGAGGAACGGCUGGUGGAGCAUCUCCUCGACCCAACGCGCUACAACAAACUGAUCCGCCCAGCCACCAAUGGCUCUGAGCUGGUCACGGUCCAGCUGAUGGUCUCUCUGGCCCAGCUGAUAAGUGUGCACGAGCGAGAACAGAUCAUGACCACGAAUGUAUGGCUGACACAGGAAUGGGAAGAUUAUCGUCUGACGUGGAACCCGGAAGAGUUUGACGACAUGAAGAAGGUGCGCUUGCCUUCCAAACACAUCUGGCUUCCGGACGUGGUGCUUUACAACAACGCGGACGGGAUGUACGAGGUGUCCUUCUACUCCAACGCAGUGGUGUCCUAUGACGGAAGCAUCUUCUGGCUCCCGCCAGCCAUCUACAAGAGCGCGUGUAAGAUUGAGGUGAAGCACUUCCCCUUUGACCAGCAAAAUUGCACAAUGAAGUUCCGUUCGUGGACUUACGACCGGACGGAGAUCGAUCUGGUGCUGAAGAGCGAGGUUGCCAGCCUGGAUGACUUCACCCCUAGCGGGGAGUGGGACAUUAUCGCUCUGCCCGGACGACGUAAUGAGAACCCCAAUGACUCCACUUACGUCGACAUCACCUACGACUUCAUCAUCCGCCGAAAGCCCCUCUUUUACACCAUCAACCUCAUCAUUCCUUGCAUUCUCAUCACCUCCUUGGCCAUCUUGGUCUUCUACCUGCCCUCCGACUGUGGUGAGAAGAUGACUCUCUGCAUCUCGGUUCUCCUGGCCCUCACCGUCUUCCUGCUCCUCAUCUCCAAAAUCGUGCCCCCCACUUCGCUGGAUGUUCCCCUGGUGGGCAAGUAUCUCAUGUUCACCAUGGUGCUGGUCACCUUCUCCAUAGUCACCAGCGUCUGUGUGCUCAACGUCCACCACCGCUCCCCCACCACGCACACCAUGCCCCCUUGGGUCAAGGUGGUCUUCCUGGAAAAGCUGCCCACCUUACUUUUCCUGAAACAGCCCCGGCAGAGCUGUGCCCGCCAGCAGCUGCGGCAGAAACGCCAGAGCCAGGAACGGGCAACGGGGAGCUUCUUCUUGCGAGAAGGGGCCCGCUCCUGCACCUGCUACAUCAACCCUUCCACCGUCAAGAAGUUUGGGACAGGGAGCAGCAGCGAGACUGGGCCAGUCGGUGCCCCAGGCAGUCCCUGCUGCUGCGGACUGGAGGAGGCGAUCGAUGGAGUGUGCUUCAUUGCGGAUCACAUGAAGAGCGAAGACAACGACCAGAGUGUAAGCGAGGACUGGAAAUAUGUAGCUAUGGUGAUUGACCGCCUCUUCCUGUGGAUCUUCAUCUUCGUCUGCGUCUUCGGCACCAUCGGCAUGUUCCUCCAGCCCCUUUUCCAGAACUAUGCCACCAAUUCCCUCCUGCAAAUCAAUCAUGAUUUGCCCAGCUCCAAAUAGUGGCCAAGGGUGGUCUUCUUCUGCACCAGGAGGAAGAGAGAAAGGGGACACACACCUUGGCUCCUUCUAUGGACAUCAUCUCACAGUGCUACCAAGAGGUGACAGAAGACCUUUAACCCAUCCAUCCCAGGAACUGAUGACUUGAGAAGGA